GCAUUUUACUCAAAAACAUUGAACUACUAUUACCACAACUCAUCAGUAAAAACCUGUUUUACAUACUUUCAUGAAAUUCAUUCUCCCUGCAAGAUAAACACACAAGCUAACACACGGAGCAUGGCGUGUUUCGAACGUGCAUCGCCAGCAUUGAAAGAGAUUCUGCUCAGAUUAUACCGAGAUGAACGGGCCAUUGAUGCCGACCAUCACCUUCAUGAAUUUGGGUCCGUUGACUAUUACAUUCAGUCGUUGGUGUCAGAUCCUGAUCAUACUUACUUAUCAAUAUCAACCCCAAUUCUGUCUCAAGCAUUCUUGAUCUCAACUCGGCUUUCACGUUACACUAUAAAGAAGGUAAAAGCAAUUAGUGCUGAAGUUGUGGAGAUUGUUGAGCCUCCAAAAGAAGGAUAUCAGCUGACUUUACGACUCAAUUUUGCUAAAUUGCCGUAUGGUAAAGAGUCGAUAAAAGUGAUCACAAACAUUGCUGCUGUGCAAGGUGUAAUCCUGAGUUCUCAGCUGGAAGAAAUGCUGAUGAAUGUGAACUCACAAGAUGUGGCUCAAGGGAUGUACAAACCAAUCAAACUUGUUUAUCACCCAAGAGAGCCGUUUUAUGUCAUUAAACAGCCCCAGAAAAUCACGGCAGUCUUCCCAAUGCGUUUUAAGGAUAAAACAGAUGUGAUUAUAGCAACAGCUUUCUUCCAGGAACUCAUGGAUGUGGCAAAUUCAAAAGCAUGUGCCAAGGCACCCCAUUGCAUCUGGUCCCCUAUUCCACCUCCUGAGCUAAGAGGAGAAGCAAUUGAAGACUUAAGCACAAAUGGGGGAUUUGUUUCUUUUGAUAUCACGUCGCGUCAUAUUGAAGGGAGAAGGCUAGACAAGACUGUGUGGAACCUUCUGAACUUUUAUGCAUUUGUCAAAAAUCAUGUAAAGAGCACUCGAGGAUUCAUACAAAGAAGGAUGAGAACAUGUCUGAAGAGCCUGGUUGAGGUCUUAGAGAAAACGGGAUUUCAAGAUGACCAACAGAUUAAAGAGGUGAAAGGAUACAAGCGCAUGAAAAAGUGGGUAAAUUUCCCAAAAUUCAAAAUACUCAGAUAUAGAAUUGCUUUCACCAGUAAACUUAAGAGGAUUCGUUCGAGAUAAAAUCCAUGGGUUCGGCCGCUUUCAUAAAAAAUGGUUGACAUUCCUCAGCUUUUCCUCCAAGAUAAAAUACAGAAAGCUGGAAAAAUAUAUUUCUCUUCAACAUUAGGAUAGUUGACCUCAAAAGGGACUAUCCUUUAAUCAGGAUAGUUGUUACACUCUAGCAUGUAAAACACCUUUGUAUUUGUCACUUUCUCAAAUGUUGUCAAUACAUAUCGAUACCCGUCUACCAUGUACAAAUAUUAAAGCACAAUAAACGAGUUGGUUAACAGUUGUUUUAUACUUCUAUCACAGAUUAAACCCAGAUUUGCA